AUGGACGGACUACUUGACGCUGAUGAAAUAUGGAUAGCUUUGGGGCAAUUUGGAAAGUUUCAGCGAAUCCAACUUGCUCUUAUACUGAUAGGAAUUAUACCCUUGGCGUUCCAUCUUCUUUCCGCAGUUUUCAUUGCAUAUCGACCACCUUUCCUGUGCAAUGAGACCACUGUGGAUAUGAUAUUUGGUGAUGACGUCCAUAACAUGUAUGAAAACGUUUCCUACAACUUUGUGUACAACAAAUGUUCCAUAGAUGUAUUCACGGACUCGACUAAUUCAACACUUCUCAAGUCUACAGGAUGUGUGUCAGGCUACUCGUACCCAGUACCAAAGGACAGAACUCUAGUUACUGAGUGGGAUCUCGUAUGUGACAGAGCACAGCUAUCCGAGUUCUCCCAGACCCUGGUUAUCCUGGGUCAGGCGUUCGGUGCAGCUAUAUUUACCUCUCUGGCCGACAAAUUCGGGAGAAGAAAAAUCCAUGUAUUGGGACAUAUAUCAUUAUUUACCAUUUCUUUCGCAAUCGCAUGGUCGCCUAAUUACACCGUGUUUGCUGUGUUAAGGUUCAUAUUAGGUGCUGUACAGCAGGGCUCCGGUUUAACGAUGGCCAUUCUUUCCCUGGAAAUCCUUCCGUUGAAGGCACGGUACAUAGGAGAGUGUCUAGGAUUGGUUUUCUGGACAACUGGGGUUAACUUAUUGUCUCCAAUAGGAUACUUGUUCCGGAAUCUGUCGUGGAGAUACCUUCAAAUGACGCUUGCCCUAUUUUCAUGCUAUAGCCUUGUGGAAUAUUGGCUCAUGGACGAAUCUGUCAGAUGGCUGCUAGCCAAUGGGAGAAUUAAACAUGCAGAACGAAUUAUCAGGAAAGCCGCGAAAAUGAAUGGAAAGAAUUUCGAUGAUGUCAUAAAAGCUGCGACAAUUCAAAGUUCUAAGGAAAUGGAAGUUUUUGUUCCAAAAAAGGAUACACUAGAUCUUUCAUUGAAAAAGGAGGAGGACAUCUUAAUUAAUAAGAAUGGUGCUGAGUACACGGCAAUGAAGGAUUCAUCAGAGAUCGCUAACAAUGAGGUGGAACUAGGGUUUCCACAAGGAGAAGAACAAUCUGUCGUUCCUGCACCAAUCAAGCGUUACAAUGUCACCACGAUAUUUCGUCACAAAGUGAUCUUGUUUAAUUCAUUGAUUCUGUGGUACACAUGGUUGGUCAACAGUUUGGUGUACUAUGCCCUAUCAUUGACGUCAUCAGCAUUAUCGGGUGAUCGUUUCGUUAACUACUUCCUGAUUGCCAUUGUUGAGUACCCGGCUGCCAUAAUGGAAUUGCUCCUAAUCAACAGAAUCGGCAGACGCAAAACCUGUAUUCUAUUUCACGUCAUAGCUGGGAUAGCCCUAACAGUGUCCACGGUAUGCAAGACUCUUUCAGACGGAGCCGGUACUCUAGGGGCGGUAUCACUGGUUUUCAACCUUGUCGGCAAGUUUGGUAUCACAGGAUCAUUUAGUACUAUAUUUCUGUAUACACCAGAACUGUAUCCUACAAACCUGAGAAAUGCUGGAAUUGGCAUUUCCUCGUCUGUAGCAAGGAUAGGAGGAAUGCUCGCACCGUUUGCAGGGCCUUUGAUGGAUUAUAUAACCUGGGGUCCAGGUGCUAUAUCUGCGGUGAUGUGUUUGCUGGCUGUCUACCUACUGACUUUCCUCCCAGAGACCGCAGGGUACGAACUACCCACCACAAUAGAGGAACUAAAGACUUGGUACAAGGCUCAUGCAGGAGAUAAGAAGGUCAAACCGGUGGAAGAGGACAACACCAAAAUUUAAAUUAGCGUACUAGCUUACCAAUUAUCAGUUCUUUAAGUGUAUUAUAGUUUUUGACCGGUGGAAGAUGACAACACCAAAAUUUAAAUAAGCGUAUUAGCUUACCAAUUAUCAGUUUUUAACUGUAUUAUAUGAACUAAAAUGAUUUGCUUUUCUCAUUUGUUUUUCUAUAUAAAAAAUAUUAAACAGAAUUUGUCAAUUGUUCAUAUGCUCUGUAUAUAUCUUAGAAAAGGGGAGCAUAUUGUACUAUUGUAAUUCUAAUAUCAUUGUUUAGUCGUGAUUAUAUACAUAUAUAUGUGGUUUGUUUAUGGUUAUGCAUACGUAUAUACUGUCGAUACGAAUGUAUCGUUAUUUUUAUAGUUUAUGUAGACUAAUAGGAACAGCCACACAUUGGUACAUUGAAAGAAACGUGUUGAAUACAAUAUCACAUAUUUUGUAAAAUGUUCAUUGUACAGGACUUUGGGUAUCAAAUUACCGAAUAAAUGUUGAAUGUCCGAGAAA